UGCGCAGCGCCAGCAGCUGCAGCAGGAGCCCGAGCCCCGGAGGAGCGGCGCGGGAGCCAGAGUCACCGCACGCGGGCAGCGACGCGGCCGAAGCCACCUCGGAGGGGAGCGAGCUGCCAUGGCCGAGUUCCCGUCGAAAGUGAGCACUCGAACCAGCAGCCCCGCGCAGGGCGCCGGCACCUCGGUCUUCGCGCUGCGCCCGGACCUGAGCUUCGUGCGCUCCAACUUCGGGGUGCUCAUGCUGCUGCAGCUGGUGCUGGGGCUGCUGGUGUGGGCCCUGAUUGCUGACACCCCAUACCACCUGUACCCUGCCUAUGGCUGGGUGAUGUUCGUUGCUGUCUUCCUCUGGCUGGUGACAAUCGUCUUCUUCAUCCUGUAUCUGUUUCAGCUUCACAUGAAGUUGUACAUGGUGCCUUGGCCACUAGUGUUAAUGAUCUUUAAUGUCGCUGCCACCAUUCUCUACAUCACCGCCUUCAUCACAUGCUCUGCGGCAGUUGAUGUGACGUCCCUGAAGGGCUCCCGGCAGUAUAACCAGCGUGCAGCUGCCUCUUUCUUUGCCUGUCUGGUGAUGAUCGCCUAUGGUGUGAGCGCUUUCUUCAGCUUCCAGGCCUGGCGAGGAGUGGGCAGCAACGCAGCCACCAGUCAAAUGGCUGGUGGCUAUGCCUAAGCCACUUGUGCUUUGGCCCACACUAGGGCCAAAAGCUGCGGCUUGGUCACAGUGCAAGGCCACCCACAAGCCAGGCAGGGCUGCGUUUGUGCUCCUCCCUGUUCACGGGACACCAGCUCUCGAGACAGCACUCCUGAGGAAGCAGGCCCAAGAUGGCACAGUGGGCUGGCAAAAACCUGUGGCUGAGACCUCCUCUUCCUCCCUCUUAUUCAGCGGAAGGUGACGAGGGAUGUGGGGCUCUCACUCUCAGCCUUGUCAUCAGAGGACCUCAUUGUCCACGGAUGGGCCCACCCUUCUCACUCACCAGCACUAAAUGCACUAAUAGACUCCAAACCUGCAGCCAUAGGAUCAGUCUAACAAGCAACAUGGACUUAUCUUAGUGUCUGUUCCAGGAUGGCCUGCAAACCAUCCUGACCUGACCCUCCCCAAAGCCAGCAUGUCACUUGUAGGGAGAUGUUCAUAGGAAGAGAGUUCCGAUUGCAGACCUCUGGUUAUUUACGCAAACCAGUUUCAAAGGACUGCCAAAUGAUGACAGAUCUCUUCAGGUUCCCUCCCUCCCCCAAGCCUUCAUUUGUAAUUCUCUCUUGGGAAAAGCUUAUAUCAAGGCAGACUGCUUCCUCCAGGCUGCUGAUUAAGCACAAGGGACCUGAUGGAGGGAGCAAGGGAAGCAGGACCUUGCCUGGUGUGUUGUCAUAUGGUUGGUAAUGACUUUGUUUUUUUACAAUUGCAAUAAAGAUGAACUUAUUUGGGAAAUAUGUGGAAUCAUGGCGUAUGCUUUUAAACUCCAGGAAGCUGCAGGUUAGGGCCAUGCAGUCUCUAAAAUGCCUAUCCUAGAGCAGGAAGUUGUGGAGUCUACUUAGCACUACCAGCCAGCUCUAUUAUGAGGAAGGCUGGCCAGACUUCCUGCCUGCUCCAUCUGGAACAGUCCUGGCCUAAGUUUUUUUUUAUUUUUGAGAACUGGGGCUUGAACUCAGGGCCACACCUUGAGCCACUCCAUCAGCCCCU